AAGCAAUUUUUAUCUCGACUGCAACUGCAACGUUGCUACUUACAAUUACUUACAAUGUCUGCUACCCUCGAUAUCGAUGCCACAUUCAAGCACGCGUUGAAGUUACUUCAUUCUGCAAACUCCGAGUCCGCGGAAAAGAUUCGCAACCUGCUCGAUGAGCUCAUCAAACAACGUUACGGCAAUGGUAAAACUUUGAUAAACACGCUCAACAAAAAGCACUUGGCCGAAGAACCGCUGGCUGUUGGCAGUAAUCUGUAUGUUCGCAAGCAGAAAGUGAUAGAACCGAAACCAGUGGCCAUAAUAGAUUUGGAUCCAGAUCCGGAAACGGUUGUUUCCGGCACCAUCGAGUGCCUAACGAUUCCACAGUCGGGUCCCAUUGUAAUCUCGACAUCCGACUUAGAAGGCGACGACGAUGACGUAGUCAUGGAAGAGGAUAAGCUAAAAGAACUGGAGGAUCUGAUGUGUGUUGUUUGCCGCCUGAUGGACGUUAGCGCUCGCAACCGGCUAGUCGAGUGUGCCGAUUGUCACUCUCUGUUCCACCAAGAGUGCCACAAACCGAAUAUUUCGGAAACGGAUGCAAACGACGAAGAAAACGCAUGGUACUGCACAUUGUGUCGUAGCAAACAAGCCGUUAACAAAUCACAUACAAUGGUUCACGCAACUUCGAUUCCAAUAGCAACUUCUCCGUCACCGUUGGCUGGAAACUCUUCAUCGGUUCUCAAAUCCUCAUCGCACUCGAAAAGUAGUAGCACUACUAGCAAUGUUAGCAAGCCGUUCGAAUCUAGCUCCUCCAGCAGCAGUAAGCACAAGUCGUCCAGCUCUAAAAGCAAUAAUAGCAAAUCGUUGGAUUCUUCACAUGAACGCGACAAGGACCGUGACCGUGACCGUGAGCGAGAUCGGGAGCGGGAUCGUGACAAAUCCUCAAAAUCUUCUUUAAAUGUGUUGUCCUCAUCAAACAGUUCAGCCAGUUCGUCAUCAAGUAGUGCUAUUGGUACACCUAGUAUAAAUAUAAUCAGCGCGGACAAACGCAUCCAAAUGAUGAAGAAAAAAGCGGCAAAAAUGCAUGACAAUAAACGAAAGCAUAAAUAGUU